AUGGUCUGGAGAAAAAAUUGGUUGAUCUUGGGUGCAGCACUCCAUCUGUUGAAUAAUUUAUUUAUUUCUAAGGGAUUACCUUCGUGUGCCCGUAUGGGGAGUGGUGCAAUGAUCAGCUGA